AUAAAAGAUAAUGAUUUAUCAUUUAUUAACCACAUAACAAACUUUCUGAUGGACAUCUUUUUUUGCCUUGUUAAAAUGGCCACACAUGCGACAAAUUUACACGGGUACAACGAACGAGUUGCGCACAUUUUUAUCAUGAAAUGAUUGAUGUGCGUGCAAAAUACAAAGCGACUAUCAUCCGGUGCGGAAGAGCAGCCUGGACACUCUUACGAUGCGGUAACUCAAUAAAAUUUGGAGGCAACACAAAGACAGGUGCAUGGAUACAGCAGUGCCGUAAAAUGUAGACAGGGUCAAGGUGCUGAUUUUACAACAUAGUAUUGUGCUCGAUAAGGUACAAGGAGGUAAUGAUUUGAUUUCGAUCAUAUAACUUUGUUGGCUCUGGUCUCCAACAACCAAAUUUCUAUUCUACAACAUCAUAAAAUGUUUUAUCGGCCUGUUGUGAUAGUUAUGUUUUGACAUUAUGCUAGCAUUUUACACACUGUAACUCAAAACACUCAUAUCGCUUUGUACAUGUCAUAGGAUCAUGACAAAAAAAAAAAUAGUGCCUGGUACAAUGGUUUAACUAUGAUGUCUAGCAAUUAUUCUAUAGCUCAAUACGAAAUGUUAGCGAUUACUUGCAUCAAGCAGAUGAAGAAUUCCUUAUCAUGUCAUCUUCAAAGAAGACAGCGUAGACACACAGCGUCAUUAUGGAUAAAAACGUUUUCAAAAAUAUAAAUAUGAGCAUACUGUAAGACACAUGAAUAUGCUCUUUAUAUUCGUUUGUUUUGCUGCCUGCUCUUCUGCUCCUUUAAAGUACAAUUACGGAAAUGAAAAUGUUGGUUUGAAUUAUAUGCCGGAUAUUGGUUUAUGGUAUAAGAUCGUGAAACAUGCCGAUGGAAGAGAGUUGUUUUAUGCAGACGAUGACUUGUUGGGGUGGGCUCGCAAGAAUUCCGAUGGGGAAUAUGAUAGCUGUACUCUAAGAGUAAGUGGUGGUAUUUCUGGUGAUUACUUCCUUUUUUACGGUCACAUCUUGGGCUGGGUGUCGCGUGAUAAAACAUCAAAAUUGGUGGAUUUAGCCAAAGUUGUUGAUUUCGGGCAUACGAGUCUCGUUCCUCGUUCGUAUAAACCCGAAGAUGCCAAAGAAUCGGAUGAUAAGUUUCGUGUCGAAACAAUAACAAAGGAAUGUUUUAAACAGCGGGCAGAAUGGCUAAGUUACUUUUAUGCGACCACAAUCCGUGAUCUAAGGGCUGGGCGCCUGAUCGGCCAGAUGUCGGAAAGUGAGCAUAAACAGCUGAAAAAAAUGGAAAUUAAAGUACAUAAACAUGUCGAUAAAGAUCUUGUUGAAACGAUUGAGCGAUGUAUAUUUCAAUAA